UAAGUACAGAACAGGUGCUAACAGCAGAGAAGCAUUCCUACAAAGCAAACUGUGUCCAGGUGGACAGCAGGAACCUGCCAGAUCUUGGUUCUCUUUCUACUGCAGCGUUUUGGUUAUGCAGCUCCUGCUUGAGUAGUGGGGUAAGGACUAGAUUGGUAGUUAGGCACAAGUGGAUUUUUUAAAAAUUGGGAGUUUCUGAUGGCUUAGCAGCUAAAGGGUUAAUUGCUUUGACUGCACUCCCCUUUUGAAUUAAAGUUUAACUAUUUUCCCCCUAAUGUCCUCUCCUGACCACAGUUAAAAGUACAGCUUGAUCUCUUCAAAAAGCUAAGUUCCUUUACAUUCCGGACGGACUUGUUUGCUCAACUAUCACUACGGUGCAGUGACCCAAGCAUUCCCCUGGAAAGUCAGGGACAAACUUAGUUUAUUUUCAGAUACAGAAGCCAAAGAGAUGAUAGAAAUGCAGUUGGGGUGAGCAGACCGUUCCUAUUGUGUAUGCUUGGAUGAGCUGACAAUUUCUUAAGCUUACAAGGAUAAGCAAAGCCAUUGCUUCCACAGGGAAAAGGGGGUGAGGGAAGGAUUUCAAACUGUUGCUAGGAUACCCCAUUCUGGCCCUUAUCUCCAAGCAGGCAGGCCUCCUAAGUUCUGCAGUCUGGAUGAUGUUAUAAAUGAGAGAACAAUUUCAGAGAGGUUAAGUGAUUUGCUGACAGUCACACAGUAAGAAGUAGAUAAGGUUUUCCAAAUCAGGUCUUUUGAUUCUAAAUAUAUUGCUUUUCCUACAAUACAGGCCAUACUCUUCCUAUUUCUCAGGUGGUUGUCCAAGUGGCUGGUUCUUCUUUUUCUGAUUCUCUUAUAAGAAUUUUUUUUAAUUCUUUAGGAAAAUACACUUCAUGGGUGGGUAUCUAAAUUAUCAUUUUAUCUCCUGAAAUGAAACAUGUUCCCCAACCCAUACUAAUACAAUGAUGGUGGAUGAAUUUACCUAAGGUGUGGAAGCCUUGCUUCAGAGGCAGCAUCCAAAUCUGGUUCCAGCAAGCAGCGAUUGAUACCAUUGUUUGGUAAGAAGAAAACCUUGGAGUUUGGCGGAUCGCUGGGACUGAAACUCAAAGACCCCCUUCAGGGCAAAGGGAGGGGGAAAUGGAACUACAUCUCCCACCGUCCUCUGCUGCUCAGCCGGCCAGCACCUGCGCGGUCAGAGAGCAGAGCCCCAGGCGAAGGGUCCAGUCCCAGCGUUUCGGCUUGAAGAUGCAGCGCAUUAGGAGCUCGGCUUGGCGUCUCUUUGACCCUCUUUGCAGCGGUGCGGCGGGGGUGCGAAGUGGCCACCCCACAGCAGCUCGACGGCCUCUCAGUUCGGGGCAGGAACCCUUGAAGAAAACACCCCUGUUUGAUUUCCAUCAGAGCCACGGUGGGAAGAUGGUGUCCUUUGCUGGUUGGAGCCUACCUGUACAGUACCGGGACAGCCACAUAGAGUCCCACCUGCACACCCGAAGACAUUGCUCCCUAUUUGAUGUGUCCCACAUGCUGCAGACCAAGAUAUUUGGUCAAGAUCGAGUGAAGUUGAUGGAGAGCUUGGUGGUUGGUGACAUUGCCGAACUAAAGCCUAACCAGGGGACACUGACUCUUUUCACCAAUGAAGAAGGUGGUAUCAUAGAUGACCUGAUUGUGACAAACACAUCUAACGAGUAUCUGUACGUGGUGUCCAAUGCUGGGUGUCGAGAGAAGGACAUGGCCCUCAUGCAGAACAAAGUAUCAGAAUUGAGAAGUGCUGGCUGUGAUGUGAAUAUGGAGGUGAUUGAUAAUGCCUUGUUAGCCCUGCAAGGUCCCUCAGCGGCCCAGGUGCUGCAAGCUGGGGUGUCAGAUGACCUUCGGAAGCUGACCUUCAUGACCAGUGCCGUGAUGGAUGUGUUUGGAAUACCUGGCUGCCGUGUGACACGCUGUGGUUAUACCGGGGAGGAUGGUGUGGAGAUCUCGGUGCCAGCAGAGAAGGCUGUCCACCUGGCAGAGGCACUGCUGGAGAAUAAGGAGGUCAAGCUGGCAGGGCUGGCAGCCAGGGACAGCCUGCGGCUGGAGGCAGGUCUGUGUCUGUAUGGGAACGACAUUGAUGAGAGCACCACCCCCGUGGAGGGGAGCCUGGGCUGGACCCUGGGAAAACGACGCAAGGCUGCCAUGGACUUCCCUGGUGCUGCCAUCGUGAUCCCCCAGAUAAAAGGGAAACUGGCCCGUAAGCGUGUGGGGCUGACGUCUACAGGAGCGCCUGUUCGCCAGCACAGCCUCAUCAUGAACACAGAGGGAGCUGUCAUUGGGGAGAUCACCAGUGGCUGCCCCUCUCCGUGCCUGAAGAAGAAUGUGGCCAUGGGUUAUGUGGAUGGAAAACACAGUAAAAUUGGGACCCAGCUAUUGGUGGAAGUACGGAAGAAGCAGCAGGAGGCAGUGGUUAGCAAGAUGCCUUUUGUGCCCACCCGCUACUAUACCUUGAAGUGACCUGACCCUUUGAGGUCAUCUUCCUGCCUUCCUUUACAGUUGAAUGAGACACACAGCACAGUCCUCACUAUGGUUAGUUGAUAUUGUCUGGGAGAUGGAGGAAAUCCUAACUAUUAAGGGGAUAGGUGAGCAGCUCUUCCAGGGCCUUCUAGAGAAAGAUGUUUAUAGAAGUCAGGGGCUGGGGACCGGGAAGAAAAUAAUUUGAGGCAGCACAAUGUCGAGGGAACAGUGUUUGGAGUUGGAGGACCUAGGUUUGAAUUCUGGCUCUGCUAGUUAUUUUUUUUU